AAGUAGAAAAGCUCAUGGAAGACACUUCCUUUUAAGUCAUGAGAGAGAGAGAGAGAGAGAGAGAGAGAGAAACAUUAUGUGAGAAUGAAAUUCUGAUCUGAUUCAUAGAAAAGAAAAAGAAAGAGGGUUUGGUAAAGGAGGGAAAAACGACCCAAUAUGAUCCCCUUUUUAGGAAUUUGAUCAAGGUCCAUUUGUCCGCUUUGAGUUUGUGGAUUCCAUUCUGUUUCACCUAUUUUAUUAUUUUGUAUAUUUAUUUUCUUUUGUUAGAGUUUCAUCUGUUGUUGUUUUCUUUCAACAAAAAAAAGAUCCUCAACAAAAAGCACAAACAAACAAUUUCUUUCAUUCUCAUCUUCCCUUUCUUUUUUUCCAAUUGGUAGUGCAAGUCAAGUCCAUUUCACCACCCUUCAACACUACCACAACAACUCUGGGUAUUAUCCCCCCCACAUUCUGCAUCCGUCCAAUCUUUCAGUCGCAAAAUUUUCAGUGUUUCCCACUCUCCCUUAAAUCAUUCCCACCCUUCUCACACUCAUGGAUCUGUCUGUCCAGUAACCCACACAGAAAAAACCCUGAAGAAAAACAAAACCAUAUCAUACAUUUCAUUUACAGAGAAAAAAAUGUCAUCAGCAGAAAAACCCAGCUCCAAAGGACAAGCAUGGUUCUGCACAACAGGAUUGCCCAGUGACAUUGUGGUGGAAGUUGAUGACAUGACAUUCCAUCUCCACAAGUUUCCUCUGAUGUCAAAAAGCCGAAAGCUCCACCUUCUAAUUACGCAGCAAGAGGCAGCGUCUAACUCCACUGUCCCACAGCAGCAGCAGCAGCAAGAAACAGAAGAUGAAGACGAAAUCGUUGAAGAGCAGUGUCACGUGACCUUCACGGGCUUCCCCGGUGGCUCCGAGGCGUUCGAGAUGGCCGCAAAAUUCUGUUACGGCGUCAAGAUCGACCUGACGCCGUCCAAUGUGGCGGCGCUCCGGUGCGCUGGGGAGUUUCUCGAAAUGACCGAGGAUUACUCCGAGGACAACCUCGUUUCCAAGACAGAGGGCUUUCUAUCGCAGCACGUGCUCAAGAACCUCAAGGACUCUGUCAAGACGUUGAAAUCGUGUGACUCCUUGAUGCCUAUGGCGGAAAAUCUCGGAAUCACGCAGAGGUGCGUUGAUUCUGUUGUUUCCAGAGCUUCCUCAGCGGAUCCUGCAUUGUUCGGCUGGCCGGUCAGCGACGCUACUUCUGUGUCCAAACAGGUUCUCUGGAAUGGACUCGACGGUGACGGAAGAAGAAAGGUUGGCGCCGGUGCCGGUGAGUCUUGGUUUGAAGAUCUGGCGCUUCUGCGUUUGCCUCUGUUUAAACGAUUGAUUCUUGCGAUGAGAAGUGCGGAGCUGAGUCCUGAGAUUAUUGAGACUUGCUUGAUGUAUUAUGCUAAGAAGUACAUUCCUGGAGUUUCGAGAUCGAAUAGGAAACCGUUACCGUCGUCGUCGUCUUCUUCCUCCUCCGUUGCGACGGAGGCGGAGCAGAAGGAGCUUCUGGAGACGGUGGUUUCGAAUCUUCCGCUGGAGAAGACCUCGAAGGCCGCGACGGCGACGAGGUUUCUCUUCGGAUUGUUGCGAGCGGCGAACAUACUGAACGCUUCCGUAGCCUGCAGAGACGCGCUGGAGAAGAAGAUAGGGCUGCAACUCGAAGAAGCCACGCUCGACGACCUUCUCGUGCCGAGUUACUCGUACCUGAACGAAACGCUUUACGACGUCGAUUGCGUGGAGAGGAUUUUGAGUCACUUUUUGGAAGGUAUGGAAGCAAGAAACGCCACGAAGACGGAGGAUGCGGCGGCGACGAGGUCGCCGGCGCUGAUGCUCGUCGGAAAGCUCAUCGACGGAUACCUCUCCGAGAUAGCUUCCGACGCGAAUCUGAAGCCGGAGAAGUUCUACAAUUUCGCCAUCUCACUUCCCGACGAGGCCAGACUCUUCGAUGACGGUCUCUACCGCGCCGUCGAUGUGUAUCUCAAGGCACAUCCGUGGGUUUUGGAAGAGGAGAGAGAGAAGAUUUGCGGAUUGUUGGACUGUCAGAAGCUGACGCUGGAGGCGUGCACGCACGCGGCGCAAAACGAGAGGCUUCCGCUGCGCGCGGUGGUUCAGGUGCUGUUCUUCGAGCAGCUUCAGCUGCGACAAGCCAUCGCCGGAACUUUGAUGGCGGCGGAGGCCGCCGCGGAACCGGGAAGGCAAUCAGCGGCGCUGGAGCGGGAAGCGGAGGACGGCAGAGGAGAAGGAUUAGGGUUAGAGCACGUGCAGGAACGGAACGGCACGUGGCGCGUGGCGGUGAGGGAGAAUCAGGUGCUGCGCUUGGACAUGGAUAGCAUGAGGACGCGCGUGCAUCAACUGGAACGCGAGUGUUCCUCUAUGAAGAGAGUCAUUUCCAAGUUUGACAAGUUUGCCGCCUCCGGCGGCGGUUGGAGGGCGUCGCUGGGCCGGAAAUUCGGUUGCAAGUUUAAGACUCAGGUUUGUGAUUCGCACGAGUCAACGGCCGUUGAUACCCGCAAAGGACGCCAUCACCAGCAGCAUCAUCCCCAUCAUGAUUAGUUACCAUGCUCAACUUCCUCCCCCUCACGUGAGAAUCAUUGUUGGAGUAUAUUUCAUAUGGGCCCCACUUGUAAUUCUUCAUUUUUUUCUUUAAUUUUCCAUAAAUUUAGUUUUAAUUGAUUAAUACUAUAAUAACUUUACUUUCUCAAAUAUUCCGUAUAUGAAAAUAAGAGAUGAAGUUGUUUUAGAAAUUAAA